AUGGAUAGUGAGUAUGAGUUGAAUGAUAUGUAUUUCCUUGCAGACAUUGAUGAGUGUGCUAGCAGUCCAUGUUUGAAUGGUGGAACAUGUGUGGAUGGAGUCAAUGGAUACACGUGUGGUUGUAUUCCUGGAUAUGAGGGUUUGCAUUGUGACGUUGACAUUGAUGAGUGUGCUAGCAGUCCAUGUUUGAAUGGAGGAACGUGUACAGAUGGAAUUGAUGGUUACGCAUGUACUUGUAUUCCUGGAUAUGCGGGUUUGAAUUGUGAUAUUGACAUUGAUGAGUGUGCUAGCAGUCCAUGUUUGAAUGGAGGAACAUGUACAGAUGGAAUUGAUGGUUACGCAUGUACUUGUAUUCCUGGAUAUGAGGGUUUGAAUUGUGAUGUUGACACUGAUGAAUGUACUAGCAGUCCAUGUUUAAAUGGUGGAACAUGUGUGGAUGGAAUCAAUGGAUACACAUGUACUUGUAUUCCUGGAUAUGAGGGUGUGCAUUGUGAUGUUGAUAUAGAUGAGUGUACCAGCACUAAUCCAUGUUUGAAUGGUGGAACAUGUGUGGAUGGAGUCAAUGGAUACACAUGUACUUGUAUUCCUGGAUAUGAGGGUUUGCAUUGUGACGUUGACACUGAUGAAUGUACUAGCAGUCCAUGUUUGAAUGGGGGAACAUGUGUGGAUGGAGUCAAUGGAUACACAUGUACUUGUAUUCCUGGAUAUGAGGGUGUGCAUUGUGAUGUUGACACUGAUGAAUGUACUAGCAGUCCAUGUUUGAAUGGUGGAACAUGUGUGGAUGGAGUCAAUGGAUACACAUGUACUUGUAUUCCUGGAUAUGAGGGUGUGCAUUGUGAUGUUGACAUUGAUGAGUGUGCUAGCAGUCCAUGUUUGAAUAGUGGAACAUGUGUGGAUGGAGUCAAUAGAUACACAUGUACUUGUAUUCCUGGAUAUGAGGGUUUGCAUUGUGACGUUGAUAUAGAUGAGUGUACCAGCACCAAUCCAUGUUUGAAUGGUGGAACAUGUGUGGAUGGAGUCAAUGGAUACACAUGUACUUGUAUUCCUGGAUAUGAGGGUGUGCAUUGUGAUGUUGAUAUAGAUGAGUGUACCAGCACUAAUCCAUGUUCGAAUGGUGGAACAUGUGUGGAUGGAGUCAAUGGAUACACAUGUACUUGUAUUCCUGGAUAUGAGGGUGUGCAUUGUGAUGUUGAUAUAGAUGAGUGUACCAGCACUAAUCCAUGUUUGAAUGGUGGAACAUGUGUGGAUGGAAUCAAUGGAUACACAUGUACUUGUAUUCCUGGAUAUGAGGGUUUGCAUUGUGACGUUGAUAUAGAUGAGUGUACCAGCACUAAUCCAUGUUUGAAUGGUGGAACAUGUGUGGAUGGAGUCAAUGGAUACACAUGUACUUGUAUUCCUGGAUAUGAGGGUGUGCAUUGUGAUGUUGAUAUAGAUGAGUGUACCAGCACUAAUCCAUGUUUGAAUGGUGGAACAUGUGUGGAUGGAAUCAAUGGAUACACAUGUACUUGUAUUCCUGGAUAUGAGGGUUUGCAUUGUGACGUUGAUAUAGAUGAGUGUACCAGCACUAAUCCAUGUUUGAAUGGUGGAACAUGUGUGGAUGGAAUCAAUGGAUACACAUGUACUUGUAUUCCUGGAUAUGAGGGUUUGCAUUGUGAUCUUGACAUUGAUGAGUGUGCUAGCAGUCCAUGUUUGAAUGGCGGAACAUGUGUGGAUGGAGUUGAUGGGUACAUAUGUUCCUGUGUUCAUGGAUAUGAAGGACCGGACUGUGAAGACAUUGCUGGUCGCCUGUACGUUUCAUCCAUUUCUCCCUUUACUGACUUGAAGUUUAUAGACGGACUUACAUAUGGCAUGUGGGGCAAGGAUCCCCUCAGUGACACAGCUAAUGGAACAGUUAUACAGAUAACUGGUACUUCGUCACAACAAAUGACCAAAUACAGUUCAAUGGCUGAUUUUAUAUCAAAUACAAAUCCAGUAUCACAUAAUCUGCAUCAUUCUUGCGAAGGUGAUGGAUAUGUUUUCUACAAUGGAUCGUUGUACUACCCAAUGCUCAAUUACAAUAAAAUUGUGCGCUACAAUAUAGAUUUGGAUCAGAGUGUAACGAGUACAUUGCCCGUGGCAAUUGGUACACAUAACACAUACCAAUACCAAUGGGGUGGCUAUUCUGAUAUUGACUUUGCUGUUGAUGAAUAUGGCCUUUGGAUGAUCUAUGCGACAUCUGACAAUUUGGGAAAAUUUGUAGUGAGCAAAGUUGAUCCGAUUGAUUGUAGUUUUCUACAGACAUGGAUCACUGAUUCUCCGACGAAAGGUAUCACUGGGCAAGCGUUCAUGGUAAGCGGUAUGUUGUACGUUGUGAACUCGUAUAGCAGCAUGACUCACAUAUCUUACGUAUAUGACACCUUUUCAAGCACAGGGAAGACGUUGAGUCUGUCUGAUAUCCCCAUUGGACCUGGUCACGGAUACCUCACGCAUAUGUCAUACAUGCCCGGUUCAACAUCAUCUGGGCCAGUCUUGAAUACUUGGGACGAUAUGUACGCAUCAACAUAUGACGUCUCCUUGUCCAAUUCAGUAUCUUGGUGGCAAACGAGGAUGUAUCUAUCUCAUAUUGACACUGCCAUUGAUAUAAGAUCUGGGGGUAAUACACAUGGCGCGUGGCUUAUGGACCCGGCAUUUGAUUUUGUGGACAGAAAGUUUUGGGUACUUGAGGGCUAUAAUUCAUUCAAUACAUUCCUACGAUAUGAUAAUUCAGCUGACUUCGUUGCUGACAAUAACAGCGCUCUUGUUUCCCUUCCUUCCCUGUCUUGUGAUGGGACCGGGCAUGUUAUCUGGAACGACUAUUUUUACUGCCACGAGGCAUAUACAAGUAACAUACUGAAAUUCGACCUACUAGGCAAUCCGGCACUGGUUUCCUCAACGCUCCUCUCUGGGGCAGGCAAUAGAAACACGUAUGCAUACAAAUGGGGUGGAUACACAGAUAUUGAUUUGGCCGUUGAUGAGUCGGAUCUGUGGGUCAUGUAUGGCGAUACGAUAGAAGCAACCGGUAAUAUAAAGAUCGCUAAAAUCAACAAACAAACGAUGACCAUUGAAACAACUUGGUCUACAGCUAGAUCUAAGACUUCAAGUGGAAAUGCCUUCAUUAUCAGCGGUAUCAUGUACGUACUGAACUCGUAUAGCUCGCCGAGUUACAUUGACUACGUGUACGAUACGAAUACAGGUACAGAUGCAUCCCUUGGUCCUUCGGACAUCCCGUGGCCAGCCUCUUCGCAUGGAUAUUUGACUCAGUUGACGUAUAUCCAUGGCCAAGAACCCUCACUUCUUGCAUAUGAUGAUGGUUUCAUCCAAGAGUAUCCCGUGACAUUGGUGCCAACCAAGCCCAAUUGGUUACCAUAAUCGUGAGGCAUUAAGGUUGACGUAUACUUAGCAGAAAUCGGGUGCAAAUUAAAAUGGCCAGACUAUUUAAGUAUUACGCUCACUUAUUGGAUUUUUUACAAAAGAAACGUGCUUUCAUCUUUUGAAAGGUGUCUAACAUAUCACUAAAAG